UUUCGUAUCAGUCGUUAUCGUGUAUCAGAACAAUGUGCAGCGUUGUACCUCCUCAAGUUUACGAAACACUGAAAAAGGUGAUCGAAGGGAAUAUCGAAAAUUUCGAGAUAGUCGUUCACGAUGCCAACAAGAAGGGCGAGGGAUUCCUGGGGGAGGUGGUAUUCGUAACACUGGAGAAUAAACAAUCAAACGAAGUGAUCAAUCUUGUUGUUAAACAAGCUUUUACGAAGCAAUCUAUCAGGGACGUUGGUCCAAUUCGGGAGGCGUUCAUGAACGAGAUUUACUUCUAUGAUCAAGUUUGGAAACGCCUGAAUAAGUUCCAAGAGAGAAUUCCGAUGCAAUCCCAGUCCCAUAAGGUGCCCAAAUAUUUCACCUCGACUUCUGAGGAUGGUUCUGAGAAAUUAGUACUAGAAAACUUGAAAUUCAAGAAGUUCGAGGUGCACAACAAGAAGAUACCCUUGGACAAACAACAUUUCGAAUUCAUUUUCAGGGAGUACGGGAAGUUUCACGGUUUAUCGUUCGCUUACAAGUCUUUGUAUCCUGAGGACUUUGCUAAUCUAGCAAAGGAGUUACUGGAUAUAUUUUUAGUGUUCAUUAAUGGAGAUGGAUUUAAAAAGGCAGUUAAAAACAUAAAUGAUCUUGCCAUGGAUAGCCUACAACCAGGAAUAGACGAUGCUGUUAUAGAGAAAUUUAGGCCUUCUGUUGAAAACUGCGUUGAACAUUUUAAGGAGAGUAUAGAUUGUAAUACCAAAUAUACCGUGAUUACACACGGAGAUUGUUGGAGUAAUAAUAUGAUGUUCAAAUACAGUGAAGAGAGAAAAUUAAUCGACGUAAGAUUCUUAGAUUUUCAACUGUCGAAAGAAGGUUCUCCUUGUUGCGACUUGAGCUACUGCUUUUACUCGGGAGCACCAAAGGAAUUGCUGAAGGAUUUGGACUAUUUCCUGAAAGUCUACCAUGAUAGCCUUUCGGAAACUCUGAAAGCCUUUGGAUGCGAUUCUGGAAAACUAUAUCCUUUCCAGGAGUUGAAGAAUGACUGGAAAAGAUACUGCAAAAUGGGCGUCAUGAUGUCUCUGAUGAUAUGGAAAAUAAAAUGUACCCCUGAAGAAAAUGUGAUCGAUUUUAAUGACACGAGGCCGGCGGAAGAGAAAGAGAAAAUUUUCCAAACCGGUUACGACCAGGAUGCGUUUAAGAAAAUUUCUAGAAGUUUAAUUUUGCACUUGUACGAAAAUGAUUUUUUGUAGUUAUUUAAAUAAAAUCACAUUGUCCGCAAUUU